CGCGCAGGGCGACGGCGGUCGGGGCGGGGGUGCGCGUGCGCCCUGGGCCCGGGCCCCCGAGUAGCCAGAAUCCUGGAGGCCCCCGCUUCCAGGAGUCAUGUCCCUGCACCCCGGUCCCCGGGAGACAUAAUCCCAGCGCCCCGGCCGGGCCCCUAGGAACCGCGUCCACAAGUCCCGGGGGCCGGCGUGGCAGGCGCCGGGCUCACUCCGGGAGGGUGCGGGCGCCGCGAGCCCCUUCCCGCAGGGGCGCCUGUGCCGCUGUCCGGCGGCCGGGGAGCCCGGGGGCCGCGGGGGACAGGAGCGCAGCGGACAGAGAGGCCUGGGUGCCGCCGGUCCGUGUUGCUGUUUACGCUGCGGGCGCGCAGUGCCCCCUGCCCGCCCUCCCGCUGCUCCCCCGCCCGCUCCAACAUGCCCUCAGUGCGCCUGCCGCCGCGCCCCGGGCGCUAGACCGCGCGGCCGCCAUGGGGAAUGGGAUGAACAAGAUCCUGCCUGGCCUGUAUAUCGGCAGCUUCAAAGAUGCCAGAGAUGCAGAGCAGUUGAGCAAGAACCAGGUGACACACAUUCUGUCUGUGCACGACAGCGCCAGGCCAGCACUGGAGGGGGUUAAAUACCUGUGCAUUCCAGCAGCGGAUUCACCAUCUCAAAACCUGAUAAGACAUUUCAAAGAAAGUAUUCAAUUCAUCCACGAGUGCCGCCUGCGAGGUGAGGGCUGCCUUGUUCACUGCCUGGCCGGCGUCUCCAGGAGUGUGACUCUGGUGGUCGCAUACAUCAUGACGGUCACCGACUUCGGCUGGGAAGAUGCCCUGCGCACUGUGCGUGCGGGGAGGUCCUGUGCAAACCCCAACCUGGGCUUCCAGAGGCAGCUGCAGGAGUUUGAGGAACACCAGGUCUGUCAGUUCCGCCAGUGGCUGAAGGAGGAGUACGGAGAGAGCCCUUUGCGGGAUGCAGAAGAAGCCAGAGGCAUUCUGGCCACCCCAGGGAUUCUGAAGUGCUGGGCCUCUGUCAGAAGACUGUAACGUACCUGAGAUACUGCAAAGCCCGAGUUUAGGCGCUGCCCAGAUGGAAAGCAGUCAGAGUUGAUUUCUCGGUGUCCGGAAGCAAUUUGUGAACUCACCUGUUUUCUUUUUAAACAAUACAUAUGCAAUUGUGUCAUCAUAUGUUGGGAACUACGCGUCCUCUUUGACAAGGGAAGGGUUUUUGCCUAAUUCCCCUGCUGUGGCUCCUUCUUCGCCCGUAGCCCUGCUGCCCCCAGGCCAUCUCAGGGCCCUGCUGCCCCACCCGGUGACCAUGUGGUGAUCGCGGUUGCCACUCCUGAGGGCCCUGCUGGGCACACCUGCCCCUGGGGACUGUCUCCUGGGCUGUUUCGUCCUGGGGUCUCGCCUCCACCACACGUGCAUGCAUCUGCGGUGAAGGGCAGCUGCACACGCUGCGCCUGCCCUUAGCUGGGGUGUGGAUCCCACUUGCUCUUCCACGGGCGCCACGAGGCACGUUCGGAGGCUGCCCCUGGCAGUGAUGCUGCUUUAUUUUAAGGCCACUGCCAUCCUCCAGAAGGAGAGUAGUGACGGCAGGAGACGUGAACUACUUUUCCUGGGAGAGAAAGUGAGUCCCCGGCUUGAGCAGAGGGAAGUCCGGGGGGUGCGCAGGGCCAUCUCCCAACUCCAGUCUCAGCUUCAAUGUGAAGGACAGUAGCUGGUGUGAAGAGCAGUUUAAGUUGAUUUCCCAGCGUUCUCUCGUCUAACUCACUCCAGUGGGGGAAGAAGGAAGUGUAACGUGUUACUUAAAGGAGAGGUCUGGCGGGACCACGGGAGCUGAGGCGCGUGGGCUCAGUGGCUGAAGGAGGCUUGACCUGUGUGCUGCGUCUGCAGCGCCUGGACGCUCCUGGCAAGGGCUCGGGGCAGGACACUUUGUGCCAAAACGGCCCCUGAUGGGUGUGGGGUGACGGGCACCACAAUGCUUGUUCUGACCUAACAGGCCUACCUGGGUGAAGAACAGGUGAUCCAGGUGGAGGUGCCAGGCCUCGAGGCCCCGAGGUGUCUCCGCUGCCCACCUGUGAGGGCGCGCCGGGGGGCGCGAGGAAACAGCACGAGGGACAACGGCCCCAACCCUGUGGGCUCCCCUACCCCUCGUGGCACCCACGACAAUCACCCGGUAAUCGGUGCUCUGCGGGUCACGGACUAUCACCUUGAAGCCGUAUAAACCCACAGAGAAGGUAUUAUUUCAUUCACUUGAGGCUCAGAGAGGCCAAGAAACACACCGAAAACUAAAAACGUUAGUGCUGCUUUGCCUGAACCCAGGUUUUGAUCUCAAAUCAGUGUGCGAUGCGAGAGGGAGGGGCAGAGUGCCCUGGGCUUUGCACUUCGAGGUUUGUGAGGCUCUAACGCCAGGGCCCCUGGGAGAGCCAGCACCGCUGCCGUGUGCAGGCUGUCCAAGCCAAAGGCAGCACCGCUGCCGUGUGCACGGCUGUCCGAGCCAAAGCCUCUGCCCGCUCCCCCCAGUCUCUCUGGGGGUUUUGUUUGGGGCCAUGGUGGGUGGUGGCCAAAAGCACACGGACGUUUCCGUUAGAUGGUAUUAACCGUGCUUAGAUGUUAGAGGCAGAGGCCCCUUCUCCGAGACCAGAGCAGGUGUUCAGGUCACAUGGACGUGGGGACGGUGAACCCCCCUGUCCCAAGGGCCUUGCCUUGUUAGAGGAGGGGGUCGUAGCCCUGGCAGUUUCUUUAGGCUGUCUUUUCUGUGAUGUUCUUUGAACACAGGUCUGUCCAGCCUGGGUCUCAGGAUCGUGGCCCGUGGUGGAAGAGACCUGCACUGCCUCUCUUCAUUCAGUCAUUUGCCAGUUUGCUUGAGAAAUGCUUAUUCAUCCCAGCUGACACUCUGGGACUCAGGCAGGGUGCACAGACCCACCCCUGAUUCUCAGAAAGACUAGCUUGGUGGGGUCGGCAGUUAGGAAAACUGGCGGUUACAGAGCCGGCCAUAAGCACUGGUAUAGGUGCCCCUGGUGCUGUGUGUGGGGAAGGCACAGAGAGGCCAUUCCAGUUUGGGUUAGGGAGGUCGUGUCCCAGGACGGCAUCUCGGAGGAGGUGGUACCUAAUCGGGGCCUGAAGCAUGAGUGCUGGAGUUGGCUGGCACAGUGGGUGCGGGGGAGUCCAGGCAGGGGCCUGGCAUGCGCGCAGGAGAGGCCACAGUCUCUCUGGGUGACCAGAGCAGGCACAGGGGUGGGCGCUGAUGAGAGGUGCAGACAAAGCUGCAGAAACAGGCAAAGGCCCAGGCUUUCGCUCUCUGCUUGGCACAGUAACUGGUUUCCUUCUCACACCAGCCCUGGAGCUGACCAAGCUCAGAGGGCGGGUGCCCUGCAGCUUCCCGCAGUCUGGUCCCCAGGCGUGGAGCCUUGCAAGCGCGUGGACGCCGUUUUGCAGGCACGGAGUGGGGCUUGCCGAACGUGCUGGGCAAGCAGGCACCGUGAUGGUGCGGGGGAAGGGGGCCCACGCUGGGGGCCUGUCGGGAGGCAGCAAUCACGGCCAUCCAGGCGACAGUCGUGGCGCCCAGAGCGGGGCUGUGGUGCGGAGGCGAAGGGGCUUGCGGGAGCCUGGGGAGGGGGAGGCCAUUGCUCCCAGGACCAGAGCCCGUGAGGGGCUUGCUUCCCUGCCGAUGGCUCUUCCCACACCGAGGUGGGGUGUGGACUCUGGCACGUUGAGGGCAGACUGAAGGGGCCGCUGGCCAGAGGCGUCCACGGGGCUCACGCCCUGCUGGCACCCAGCUUCGCGCACCAGGGGCUCAAGUCUGUCCACAGACCCGGAACAGACUCCCAGACACCAUACUUGCGACAAUUCAUGUCCAAUCCAAAUGUCCAAUUUAUUAAUUUAUUGUGAAAGAUAAAACAUUAGCUUUAUGAAGACUAAUUUUAUCCCCUAACUAGGCUGUCUUUCAUUAUCAGAUUUUUGGAAGCCAACAUGCUGUACACCUUAACUUACACAAGGUUAUAUGUCAGUUAUAUCUCAAUAAAGCGGGAAAAGAAAAGGAGUAAAGGAUGUGGGGCUGAGACCUGGGGGCGGGGUGUCCUGACAGGCGUGUCCAGAGAGGCAUGCUGUUGCCAUCGCGCCCUGGAGCAUUUCUGCAGCCUGCAGCCUCCUAUGUCCCCGUCCACGUUCUCAGCAGCCACCCUGGUCUGCGCUCCCUCUGCCUGAGCUGGUUCUCUGACUUAACUCACGUCUCUCAGAGCAACUUUGUGAACCUUGGGCUUCCCCCUGGAGAUAGGUUCCCCCUGGGGGCUUUUUUAUGUAUGGGGUGCUGAUUCUCUCCAGCUUCCGUCUCAGCAGGGGACCCCACUUCCAACUUCUGGGGCUGCUUCCUGUUGCUGGUGCAUGAGACAGCCUACAGAUUCCAGGGACUGCUGUGCAUGCGUGUGUGUGCACACAGCUGUGUUCUGUUGUUUUUAAAUUUUAUUUUAGAGGACUCCUUAGCCUUCAGGGGAGCCAUGUGGGCAACGUCAAGGGGCAUUGGGACCUUAGGCAGCAGAACCUGGGCGCCCAGGGAAAGUCAGAGCUGGUCACGACAGGCUGCCCUGCACACCAGCAUCUAGUCUUGAAAAUAGGGAACAUGCUAAGACUCAAUACCCUGUGAUCCCACAUUAGGUGACCCCUCCCAUCCUGACCCUGCGUUAUUAAUAAUAUUAUCGAGAACGUGCUUUCAACACGCUUGUAUUUAUAGAUGUACUUAAGAAGAAAUCACCAAGACUUCGGAGGGAAGUUCCUCUUCCCUUUCCUUUUUAUUGCCCAGAGAAAGGGAGGGAAAAAGAAACAAAAAAAAAAAACGGCCUUUGACUUGUUCCCGGAGGCUUGAGAACGUUCACCGUCCCUUCUGAGGGUUUACUGGGGUCUCGCUGGGCCCCCAGCUAGGACACGCAGGCUGUCAGGUGCUUGAAUCCGGUGACAGCAGCUGCAUUUCACCGGGACACUUUGCUCUCUUGCUUCCCCCCAGCUGCGGCAGUGGGACGUGAUUAUCGCAGCCAGUAUCAGAAUUCGCGUUCUCUUCUGCAGCCUGGGCUCCGCCACCUCGCCGCGAGGCCGCGGGGCCGCUCUGGGCUCACUGUCGGGGGAAGCGUUGCCAUCCGCGGCUGCAGGGUGUGUGAAGGGCUCUGGCGGCCUUGACUGAGCACAGGCCGCCGGUGUUCUGAUCCCGGCGGUGUGCUGCGUCUGUGGGGAAGGGAUCGGACCUGAGAACAUCCUUUAUACCAAGGCCUGUGUAUGAAAACUAGAUGGGGCAGGGGGGCUGGUUCUGGGGGAGGACAAUCCCUUCUAGUAUCGAUAGUUCGGGACAGUUUUUGGAAACAACGCUGACCACGCCAAGUGCGUUUUGUGAGCUCGACCCAGGGAGACACAUCAGCUCAUGGGGGUCGGGGCCUGGCCCCCCGGACACUCUCACGAUGAGCACGUGUGUGAUGGGACCUUGACGUGUGUGUCCCUCCGGCCACAGAGAGGGACAGAGUCCACUUGCCCCCAGACGUGGCCAGACGAGCACAGACUGGAACCGUGCUUUCUGGCGAGCGGCCCUGCCUGUCAGUCGGCUCUGGGUUUCCCCAAGGCACUGAUGGGAGCCUUUUUGGGAAAUAAUAAUCGAAAGGCCUCCAUGUGCCCCAGAGAAAUGUCACCUGCUUUGCAAAGGGUGUGCCCUUCAUGGCAAGAGGCCACGGGCGCCCAGCUUCCUCAGAGGGCAUCCAGAGAGGCCCGUCCCGGCUCUGCCAGACGUUCCAUUCCCCUUGGUGUGUGUGAAGCACGCGGAUGCCAACAGGAACAGCAGGACGGUGUGAGAUCAGGUGCGUCUCAGGCGUGCUGCGCGGUGGGCCAUUCCCGCGGCAUGAGAGCCCCUCCUGAGUCAUCCGCUGCUGGGAGCUCGGGGCUGCGGGUACCAAUGCGCAGCUCGGGGCAGAGGUGGUGCUGGGCCGGGAGAGGGCAGCCGAGGCCUGGGCCCGUGGCCAGGUGGCCUGGUAGAAGUCCACUGCGACCCCAGUUCCCUGGAACACCUUGGGAGCCCCCGAGGAGGCAGCCCACUCCGUGGGGACUUCUUCUCAGACCCGCCUGAAAGAAACUCCCUGGGAGGGGUGAGCGGGCUUGGCCGGCACCCUGUUGGGUGGCGCAGAGGUGUAGCCAGAGCCCACCUUGCAGCCCCCGGGGUGGCCCCUUAUGGUCUAGGAAGGCCCCUUUGGCCCCCCUCCCCCCAUCUGGAGGACAGGACAGGCAGCCUCUGGACGGUCAACAGUCACUGAGCACUUAGUGUGUGAUGUUCCCGAAAGCGCAUCCUCUCGACAAUCUUGUCACAUAGGUUUUACUUUUAUCCCCAAUUUUGAGAUGAAGAAACUCUAGAAAUUCUAGAGAACUUGACUGUUGUCCAGUCUCGGGCCAGGAAGUGGCAGAGUGAGGCCUGGAGUCCGAGCAGCCUGACCCACUGCGCUAAGGUCGCCACUUCCUUGUAAACGCCAGCACCCCUGGGGCAAUGCCAGUGGGUGCGGGCAUCCACGCUGGAGUUCUCUCCUGAGGUCGGGGCCUCGUGGGGAGACAGGAGGAACACAGGCGAGGCACGAGGGAAGCCUUUCUUCUUUCCACCACAUCCCCUUGCGUGGGCGCUGUGUCCACCAUACGUGCCUCCACCGGGCCUUCCUGAUACCCCCAGGGUGGCGGGCAGAGUCCUGGGGUGUCGUGGCGCCCCAGGAGGCCCUUUUCAGGAACACGGAAUUGGACCAGAGUGGCGUUGGUGCUGGGAGCCCAGCACCCGAAGCAGAUGGUGUUCUGUCCUUGAGGUGCAGCGUUACACAAGUUGAGGGGCUCCGGGGUGGGGGGCUUGUGCAAGAAGCCCAGGGAUUUGCUGUUACUCAGCUCAGAUGACUCAGUGGAGACUCAUCAAGGACAGAGGCAGGGGAGGCAACAGUGUGUUGAAGGAACAGGGGGCCUCCUUCUGACUUUGGGGCUGAGGGCAGGGCUGGGGGCAGGGAGGCAGGGCAGGUCUUCAAGAAGGACGGGAAAGCUGGGGGCAGAAGAAGUUUCCCAUCCUGUGUCCUGUCCUGACUCCCCAGACCCAAUGGGAUGCUGGCUGGCAGGGUAUUCUGCUCGCUGUGGGCCAGACUCCUUCCUACAGGCAGCCCUGGCCCUCAGCAUGGGUGGGACGGAGAGUCCGUGAUAGGAAGAGGAAGUACCACUGGCUUCCAAGAAGUAUCAGUGUCAGCAGCUGAUGCUAAAAGUGGGUCUGAGAGAGGAGCCUGGGUUCUCCUCCACGCUUUGCCCCAGAAGCAUGCUGUCGGGGGCUUGGCCUGUGACUCACCGCUUUCAUCUUUAAAACGCAUCCUAGAAGCAUCUAUUCCUGCCAGUGUGCCCAGUGUGCCCCCCGAUCUGUACUUCCCGUGGCCCAUCUGGAGGAAUGACACCCUCCAAGGGAAGGCCAGCAGGGUCGGGUGGCCUCUGACAUCUGCUAUGAACUGUGCCCCCCUGUGAAGGGCGGGGGAGGAUGGACUGCGUGCCUCAGUCAGACCUCAGUGCCCAGCUCACGCAGGCGCCCGGCAGCUCCCGCAGGCCGCCAUGGGGGAGGGGAGGAGCCAGGCUCGGCGGCCCUGCCUUCAAAGGCUUUUUAACUGAGUUGGGGAGAGGGGGCAGUCACUCCGGAAUGUCCUGUGAGCAAAUGCUGAGCUAGAAGCCCAAAUGCAGGCCAGGAGGCCCCUGCAGUGGAGGGUGUGCUGGCUGGGGCUGGAAAGGGAGGGGAGUCAAGGGCCUGCUGGGCGGAGGGCGAAGGAGGGGGGCGGCACGGCCAGGUGCACUUGGAAGCAGAUGUGCAGGGCAUCUGGGGGCCUGGCUAUGACUGGCAGGCAGGAUGGGCUGGAGGCGGGGGAAGAGCUGUGAGGGAGGGCAGGCGUCAGCCCGAUGGAAGUAGUGGCGGGCAGCGCUGGUUGGGGUUCCCCAGAGGCAGAGAGGGUCAGGCGCCAAAGGUGACUGGCGGGUAGCACCUGUAACGGGCGGGGGAGGAGGCUGGCGGGGCCGGGGGCUAUCAGGCCGGGGGCGGUACGGCGGCCCCAGAGAGUGGCCCGAGCCUGGCGGCGCUCACCGUCCGCACAGGCUGGGGCGGCCCAGCCGCUCUCCGGGGUCCCCAGGUGCUGCAGUGAGACCCUGCAGAGGUACUUCUGCACAAGGGUUUCCCCGGCAGGGCCGCCGAAAUGCUUCAGCCGCGCUCCAGACUCCAGAGCUGGAGCUUCCAGGCAGCAUGGUCACCAGGUGCCCCUGGCGACCUGAAGCCCCCUCCCCGCCCCCAGGUGCGGCACCAGGACUUGGGGGAUCCCUUCUGCCCCUCCUCACAGCCGUCCCUCCAGGGGGGCAGCAGGGCCUCAGUGCUCCCAGUGCAGGAGAUGUGGAGACGCACUGGCCACAGAGCAUUAACUACAAAUAACUUUUAGUAAUAAACAACUAAACGUUGAUCUGUCUACCAAGAGCCAGCAAUCCUAAACCAUUCCAGUGCGAAAAUACUCCUCCCCCAAAAUUUCUUUGGUUGAUCCAAGUCUAAAUAACGGCUGUGUCUGCUGUAGAGUCUUAAUAAUAUUACAUCACCUUUAGAUGUGGGUGUUUUUAUUACGUCAUCUUUAAUUAACGAUGUUUUCUACACGAAGUGAAUGUAGAGAACCCCAGUUAACAGGCAGCACUGGCACAGAGGGAAUCAGCUAGGCUUAGCUUUGCCUUUUUCUUUUUCACUAAAUUCAGAAAGACUUGCAAUCCGAGCCCCAUGGGGGCAGUUUGGUCUCCAGCCUGCAGAGUAGAUUUGAAAUAACCAAGGGCAGCCCCUGUGUAACCACCUGAACAUUUACUUGCCUUUACAAUUUUGGGGCUGGAGAGAUGUUUGAAAGCUACCAGAAUUGGUCCCAAAGACGCAUAGACAUGCUAUUUAUGGAAUUUGAUGUGAAAUGGGUUUUCUGUAAAUCUCUCCCAAUCUUAUGCUUUUAAAACUUUUCCUAACUAUUUGUAUCGAUACAUCUGUUGCUUAACAUGAAAGAAAUUUUUCAAAAUUAAAAUAAAGCAAAAGAGGUCUGUGAUCAAUGAUGAGUGAAGAUAGAUUGACAAAUCUGACAUAAAGAGAAGUUCGGUUCUCCUUAUGUUUAUUUGUUGACUUUUGCAACAAAUUUGCAAAAGUUAAGGCUUUAAAACAAAUUGUAAUUAUUCAUUAAUGUGACAGACCAACAUAUAGGUACAUAUGUAUUUCCCCAAUUUUCAAACUAUGCUUUAUUGCAAUUGAAAAGUAUUAGUCCAUGACUUUUUUCUUCUUUUUACUGUGAUAUGUAUUUUAUUUUUGUUCUCAUUUAUUUACUGGAGCGAUAAGUAUAAAAUUCAACAAGAACAUUUUUAA